CUUGUUUUUAUAUUAUCAAAAUCACUUAAAAGUAAAUGGAAAUUGGAUUGGAUCAAUCGGGUCCGUGAACAGUACUAACAAUACUUUGGUACUUUCGUCCAUGGACAUUCGAGAUGCCUGCAUCAGUGACUUGCAGAGCGGUCAUUCGUCGUCUUUUUAUAAGCACACACUAUGGCGGUUGCAGAGCAGUUUUACGCAUUUCAAUUUCAUUUUUGCGGUUCACUUUCCAAAUACAGAGAGAGAGAAAAGAAGAGAAAAAAAAAAAGAAAGGACCAAAAAUGGGUAGGAAGCCAAAACACUGUUCCUCGUUCUUCAAGGUCUUGAUCGGUGACUUUGCCAACAAACUGCGAAUACCGCCAGCAUUUGUGGCCAAAAUGGAAGGCGAACUGCCCAAAAAUGCUCUGAUUGAAGCUAACUCUGGGGAACAAUCAUGGGAAGUGAAAAUCCAACAAAUUGGUGAUGAACACUGCUUCACGCACCGUGGUUGGGAAAAGCUCGUCAAUGACAACCAUUUAAGAUUUGGGGAUUUCGUAGUUUUCAGGCUAAUUUCAGACUCGAUGUUCCACAUUGUCACAUAUGGUCCCAGUGGCUGUGAGAAGGAGCUUAACCCUUCAAUUAAGAAGAUCCCCCAAAACCCAUUCAUGUCACGUAAUACCCGAUCACGAAAGUCCAUGGAUUCACCAUCUCAUCCGUACGGUAGGCGAUCGAACAGAGGAGAGGUCGAAGCAAGGGGUUGGUCAGCAUCUGCCAAACCCACGCAUCUCAGCUUUCUCAUGGUUUUAAAGAAGUACAACAAAUCUCGCUUGACUGUUCCAAAGGCUUUUGCAGUGGAGAGUGGAAUAGGGAGGAAGAAGGUUGUGGUGCUGAAGAACAAGAAAGGGCAGCUGUGGGCGGUUGACAUAUGUUUAAGGCCGCCCCCUUACCGUACUGUGGAUUUCACUGCUGGUUGGCCUGAUUUUAGGGUAGCCAACAACAUUGAAAUUGGGGACACAUGUUUGUUCAAGUUCAUUCCAAGUUCUGGUAAUGUCAUUCAUGUGGAGGUGCAACGUAACUACAGUUGAUGACUGAACUAACUUUUUUUUUUUUUUUGGCUGGGAAAUACAAUGAUAAUACCUACUACUAAACUAAUGUAAAUGACUCUGCUGGGGUAUGUGUUUUUUUUGGUUCCUGUUUUGGACAUCUUGACUCUAUGUUUUUGUAGCAAAGCUCUCUUUGUAUUAGAGUAUCUUCAAGUGGUGUAACUAAAAUUAUGUGUUAAGGUGUGUUAUAUGGCA